CGGACAGCAGCGAACCAUUGCAUCCUUACGUCCUUUACACCAUUCCAUGAGAUGUCAAGAGACAAACAGAAAUGCAAUGGGAAGGAAGUGGUGAUAUAUACAAUCUUAAGGAAACCUAGUUAUUAAUAUAGAUCACAGCGAUGAAAUUAUUUUAUCUUUCGAUAAUUGUGACAACGUCAGAAUUAGUGGCAUGUUACAGAUAUGACUUCACAGCAAUAUUUUAUCCAAUGGCGAUGAAGGAUUACGCAAUAUCUGGUCCUGUCCUAGAACAUUACGCAGUCUCUGUGAUAUGUUGUGGUGCAUUAUCACUGAUCGAAGGUGGCUUCAAAUCGUUUGAUUAUCGGCGACAUAGAGGGAACUGUUUGUUGUCCAAAAGUGAGGUGGACCUAUGUGAAAAUAAAGGAAGUUAUAAAAGGGCCGAAGGCGUGAGACAUUACUCAAGGAAAAAGUCGCGUAAAGAUAAACCUCACUGCUGUGCCGAAUACAAGCUCUUUCAUAAUUUAGACAAACUUAGUAAUGGAGAGUAUCCUAUCUAUAUAUAUCCCCCUGUUGCAAGAGUCCUAUAUUGUAUGAAUACCAAUAGUUCUGGUCUAAAGGAAUAUAUCACCUUUAAAUAUCCAAAUACAAACGAAGUGGUCUAUAAGAACGGCAACCCGAAUAAGUAUCCGACUUGGAACAAGGAGGGGGUGGCCAUCUAUAGGAAGAUAAGAAUUGAUAUAAAUCAAAUGACAGUAAACGUGUCGGAUACAACAUUCGCUACUCUGCUGAGCGGCAAAUCUUUGCAACCGUAUGCAACCGUGGGUGGAUGUGACGAAAUGGCUAUAAGCCAUUACGAUUUUAGAGGAACAGGGUUUGCCUUCCAUUAUUCGAUCAAGAUGAUACGAACAUCCAAGACCAUCGGCACCGUAGUUAGAGGAUUACCGUUUAGGUAUUUGAAAGCUGGAAUAAUAGGCUGCCAGGAGCGUCCACCAGAUUUUGGUUGUUGCUUUACUGGUGUUAAGGAGCCAAUGAAACUUGGGAUUGUGAAAUAAAAUCACAAGCUCAUUACAAAGGAUUUCGUUUGCAGAGAGAAAUGAGUUAAUAGAAAAAAUCAUCAAAAGCAGCAGGUUGUAAUAACCCUAUAUUACGUCUUUGCACAAGUGUUUUCUUAUCAGACUAAUAUGUCGCUUGAUGACGCCAGAGUUCCUCCACGAUAUGGACGAAGUACAUCGGAGAACAUACAAGUCGUGGACAGAUGUACUGAUCCUCCAUGAAUACCCUUCGACUCUUCAUCUAUCAUCGCUUCCCGUGUUUUUUGUCAGCUCUUUUGUGACCUUGACAAACAACAAUACAUCAUUUUACCAAGUUCUUUUCGAUACAGUGGAAGGGCAAACCCAUAAACGACGAAGUUAAGACAAUAAUUUAGGUAACUUAUUUGCACAAGCAAUUUACUUAUUGUAUGUAGAUACUCAUGCUGGCCGGUGAGGUCGGGGUGAUUGAAAAUGUAAACGAUCAUGAUGGGCUGUGGCGUCAUGAAAAUGACAAACAUGACGGAGACGAGAAAUAAGUUGACUAAUGUUCUCUUAUCUUUCACCUCUUUUGACUGAGAUGAGCCUUUUCUGAAUUGGUUUGAGUUUGUGAUUCCGAUUAUAAUGAGUACAUUCGCUAGUAUGACCGUGAAGCAGGGUAAAAAGUAGUAGAUGAGGUUGUCAAAUAGUACCAAUACUGUGGCUUGAAUACCUGUCUUUGGGUAGUAACAUAGCGAACUUUCACCAAAUGCAACAAAGCCACUCAUAACACCGCUAUAGAUACUAGCAAUGCCACACCCAAACAUCGCAAACACGAUUACCUUAUUUCUUGUAUUCUGAGUAAUGUCCGAUCGCUUAAGAGGGAACCAAACCACAACUGCUCUCUCGAUGGAGAAUACUGCCACAAUCCAGGCAGAAGUUGUUUGAAAAACCACAUAAAAAUACAUAGACAGCUUGCAACUUGUGAGAGACAUGGUGUAGAAGUUGACAGAUAUCGCGCCAUUGGUGAUGCCCGGAAGACCGUACGCAAGCCAAGAUACGACUCCAACGAAUAAUAUACAACAUAUGUCCGAUACAGCCAAGCUGGAGAGGUAUGCACUCAUAGCCACCCCCAUCCUCAACCUUCUGAAGACCGCGAUCGACGUGACAUUUCCAAAUAAUCCUGCCGUAAAAAUUACAAUCAUGACAUAUCUUUCCACGAAGUCUACAAACGUCUUCAGGCUCGAGGUUUCGCUUUUUUCGACCCCUGGGGAAAGAGAGCUGUUAUUGCUUAUUUGAUGAUACAUUGACAUGGCUUUAAAUGGUGGCUCGUAAAUGUCUCUGAAUGUCUCAAAAACUACGUAUGUGUAAAGAGUGGUCUUUGUUUUGAUAUAACGAUUGCGUAGACACCGAUAUCCUUCGGUCGUCCUUACUCAAAUUGAUCAUCGGAAUAGAGCCCAUUGGAGAUGUCUCAAUCAUGCCAAUGGUCGACUUGAGUUGAAUUCUUCGACUACAAACAUGACAUCGCCUACUCUUUGCUUAAAGAAACUGUGUGAGAUAGGCAAAUUCGCAUCACGACUGAAAUAGAUGUCGGUGAAAACGACACCAAAAAUAGAACAAUGGCCAAACUAUAAUUAGUCUACCAAGGCCAGGCUUGUAAAUUUAGAAAACUGUGUAAACAUUCAAAACUUGCAUGCCUGCACAUGUUUAUCAUCGUAAAAGAGCAAAUAUCGCCAAUUGAAGUGUAUAUAGUAUAUCAAAAUGUACUGAUUAGCAAGAUAAACCGUGUGUUAUUUCUUAAUCACGGGAUGUGUUUUUGGACCGAGAAUUUAGUCUGUAAUGAUUUAAAGAAAUGCAUACACUACUAUCGACUGGCGAUCUUUUUGCGUACGUUAACAGGUGGGAUAACGUGA